UGCAAUAAUUAAAGCGAAAAUUAAAAAUAUAACUAAGCAUAAAUAAAUUUUUAUAAUAAAUUAUUAUAGCAAUGCAAUCAAGCGAAGAGUCUCCAGAGAUAACAGAAACUCAGAACUGUAAUUCAGUUAAGUUAUUGCCGUCCACCUCAAAUCGUAUACUACAUCACGUGCUUUGCGAAGUGUGCGGUGAUAAUAGUUCGGGCAAGCAUUAUGGCGUCCAUGCUUGUGAUGGUUGUGCGGGCUUCUUCAAGCGCUCCAUACGCAUGUCCAGCCAGUAUGCAUGCAAAUCCGAAAAGCAAGGACUGUGCGUUGUGGAUAAAACCAAUCGUAAUCAGUGUCGGGCUUGUCGCUUGCGCAAAUGUUUCGAAGUCGGUAUGAACAAGGAUGCCGUUCAACAUGAACGAGGACCACGCAUUUCAACCGUACGUCAUCACAUGGCCUUAUACAAAGAUGCUAUGAAGGAAGCCGGAAAAAUGCCUCAGAUAUCAUCUGAAAUUCUUAUUAACACGGCGCCGUUGUCUGGCUUUCCCGGUGUGCCAAUCCAUCUACCUGCGUCACAUCUCAUGAAUUCCAACUUAACGAACACUUUUCAAUGCCCGGGCGAUUUAUCGAUAUCGCAUAUGCCUCAUUCGCCGGCAUAUCAUCCUCACUCGGCUUUCUUUGGCCACAGUGCGGCCUACAUAAACGCCUUCGCCGCUACCCACAUAUUACCCACACAAUCUUGGCCCGAAAUAAUGCAAUCAAGCGAAGAGUCUAACGAGAUAAUAGAUCAAAAAUAUAAUUCUGUUAGAUUAUCGCCGGCCGCUUCGAGUCGCAUACUAUACCAUGUACCUUGCGAGGUAUGUCGCGAUCACAGUUCGGGCAAACACUACGGCAUUUACGCUUGCGACGGAUGUGCGGGCUUUUUUAAACGCUCCAUACGCAGAUCCCGUCAAUAUGUAUGCAAAUCGCAGAAGCAGGGACUAUGUGUUGUGGAUAAAACCCAUCGUAAUCAGUGUCGCGCUUGUCGCCUGCGAAAAUGCUUCGAAGUUGGCAUGAAUAAGGAUGCAGUUCAACAUGAACGGGGGCCGCGAAAUUCAACUUUGCGUCGUCAUAUGGCUAUGUAUAAAGACGCUAUGAUGGGAGCAGGAGAAAUGCCUCAAAUACCUCCUGAAAUUCUUAUGAAUACUGCUGCCUUGUCUGGUUUCCCAGGUCUGCCAAUGCCUUUACCUGGCGCGCAUCCUAUACAUUCGAGCUUGACUAGUGCCUUUCAGCCACCCGCAGUCCUAGAUUUGUCGGUGUCCCGAAUACCUCAUUCCUCCUUACAUCAACAUCACCCUGCCUUCUUUGGACCCAGUGCGGCCUACAUAAACGCAUUGGCCGCUACGCGUAUUUUGCCACCGACACCUCCUUUGAUGGCUGCUGAACACAUAAAAGAGACUGCCGCCGAACACUUAUUUAAAAAUGUUAAUUGGAUUAAAAAUCUGCGUCCUUUUGCCGAACUUCCGAUGGCCGAUCAACUGCAACUUCUCGAAGAAUCGUGGAAGGAGUUCUUCAUCCUAGCUAUGGCUCAAUACUUGAUGCCUCUGAAUUUUACACAACUCCUGUUUAUCUACGAAUCAGAGAACAACAAUCGCGAAAUUGUCGCCUUAGUGACCCGCGAAGUUCAUGCAUUUCAGGACGUACUCAAUCAAUUGUGUCACCUUAGCAUCGAUGCUAGCGAGUAUGAUUUCAUCAGAGCCAUAACAUUAUUUCGUAAGCCUACUCCGCCGGCAAAUGAAGAUUUUGCCAACACCUCACUUGGUACGAACGGUGGCAGUCCGAAUUCCAGCAGUUCUACCGAAUCCCGCGGCCUUAUUGAAGGCACCAAAAUCAUGGCUUUACACGACGAGAACCUCAAUGCCUUAAUCACCUACAUUGCGCGUACGCAUCCAAGCCAGCCGACACGCUUUCAAGCGAUUAUGGCUGCCCUUUCACUGAUGACCAAGGUCACGCCUUUCGCAAUUGAGGAGCUAUUCUUUCGUAAAACUAUCGGCGAAAUUAGUAUCGUACGUCUAAUCUCAGAUAUGUACAGCCGACGGAAAAUCUAA